AUGAACGCGUACAUGGCGUACCGCGACGCCGCUGCCACCGACAAGCACGACCUCGAGCUCGCUGUAUCGACAGCUAUCGAGCUCUUCGUCGUCGGUCUCGACAAGCUCUGCGCCAAGAAGCUUGACGUGCCGCCUGAUUUACAAGCUCCGCACGAGUUGGCGACUACGGAGCUCGGCCCGUUCAUGGACGUUCUUGAGCGCCAUCGCGGUCUCAUUUGCGGCUUUGCGAUGCAGAAGGCCAUCGCCUCCGAACGAGAGGCGCUGGAAGAUUCGUACCAGAAGAACGAGGCAGUGCGCUCAAGCAUCGACAGCUCGCAGGACGAGCCCUUCGAGAAGGUGUGGAAGAACUACUCGACAGUGUAUCCGAACCUCUCGAUGUUUGCUGCGGGGCUUGCGACCGUACUUCCGUCCACCCACACGGUAGAAGCCGACUUCUCCAUGGUCAAGAACACUAGAAGCGACUCGCGUCGCUCGCUCUCCAACUACGCAAUGGAAGGCCAGAUGCAGUCCAAGCAAUACAAGGAGCUGGAGGCAGCCGUCACCUCGAUUCAACGCGCCACGCACCAAAUCGCACCGCGUAAUGCGACGGCAUUUUCAUUGAUUGCGUAA